GUCCUGGGUGGUACAGGGUACUCUCCAUGGACUCAGACUGUCAGCCUCACUAAAACUGUCAGCGGUGUUUAAAUUCCUUUGGACCUAUCCAGCAUGUCAAACGCGGACAGAGUUGUGUUAGCUCUCGGUGGGGCAGGAACAGUGGGUUCUGGAAUAGUUAAAGCACUCCUCGACAAAGGUAAGUUCGGAAUAGUUAAAGCACUCCUCGACAAAGGUAAGUUGUCCUUAUUGAGUUAGGGAGCAUAUGGAGACUUGAAACAAUUACACCUGCGUCAAGACAAUGCCCCCGCCCGCGAUUAAUGGGCCGGAUGAAAUUGUGCAACGUAAUUUAUAAUUUCCGGUGCGCAAAAUAUGUAGGAUAUAUGAAGAGGUCUACUAAAUCGUAUGCUGUGUGCGCCAUUUGACUCAUGGUCAUUGUUGGGUGGAUCAACAUGGCUCUGCUGGGAAGUAGUUGUUUUGUUUGUGUUUCUCAAGUAAUGUUGUUGGGUAAUAGAUGAAAAAGACUGAGUAAUUGAGACUGCCCGGGAAAAAAGGAUGAGGCUACCGUUCGUUGUCAAUGUGAAUUGUCACGGCGCAUAAAAUAACCGGCCUCUCCUUUACGCACAGACUUCAAGUUGUGAUUCUCCUAAAUGUCCAAAAACUUGAUGUUGUCUUGAGGUGUUUAAAUCCAACUAGCAGUUAACAUCGUGAGUAAUGUAAAUACAUUGUUGUAUUUUCGUCAAAACAGGCUUAGGCUAGGCUAUCUUCGUUUAAUGUUUUCACACAGGUUUCUCGGGAUGCGAUAGAUAAUAAAUGUAUGGUGGAUCGAAAUAUCACGACGAGUUGAUUGCUUGGUAUAGCCCUUUUCAUUUAUACCACACAGUCAUUCCUCAGGUGACAAGUUGCCUUAAGGGUCUUCAUCGCUUGUCAAGUGGACAUUCUGGUUUCUUGAACAUUGUAGUUUGUUGAAUAGUAUAAUAUAUUGUACAUGACUCUCUAAAAUGUUAUAUGAACUAGAUUUGGCAAUAAGCAAACUGCAGCAAAAUUACCCUUCUGUUUGCCACAGUCACAUUUGUGAAUGUCUGAUCGUGAGUGUGUACUGUCCAUGUUUCAAGGUUUCAAGGUGGCUGUCAUAUCCAGAGACAACAGCAGAUUAGAGAAACUCAGGGGGUUUGUUUCUCCCUCCACCCGAGACAACCUCACCACCCUAGUCGGGAAUGUUGGUAAGAGCACCCAUUCACACUCCUUGGCAGACAAUUUUACAUAGACAUAUUUUAGAAAUGAGAGUAUUGUUGAAGGUAUCCCAUAUCCCCAAAAAGUCGUGUAUGGAAACACCUCUCAAACUCUUUAUCUCAGGUUCAGAGGAGGGGGCAGAGGUGGUCAAGCAGUCCCUUCUGAAGUCUGUUGGCAAGGUCACAGACAUUGUGUCAUCUCUGGGGUUCAGCUGGUGGCAGGGUGGACCUCCACAUACCCAGACGCUGAAAGAACUACACUGGGUGAGUCUUCCACACACCUCACCGACUAAUCCAUGAUCCAGAGUUGAUAUCAUCCCCAUGAGCUUUUAAGCUGCUAUGAUUUCAUUGUUUUAAAUCUGCACUCCACAACCUUCCUCUCUUUUCUGUCAGUUCCACAUCUAUUUCGAUUUCCCUCUCGUCUUGAAUUCUUCCUCUCUCUCACUACUUUGUUCUCUGUAUUAAUCUAUUUUAAUACUUCUCAUCCACCCAUAGGUGAUUGAGACAUUGCUGUUCAGCACCUUUGUAUCAUGGAAGGUUUUCUUUCCACUGGUGAGAGACGACCCCAACUGCACCUACACCUUUAUCACAGGUGAGUCUCCCACCUUGGCUCCUCCCUACAUCCCAGCCAGUAGUAGUCCUUCUGAGUGUUCUGUGAAAGUGGUUGGACCAUUUGAGUGACAUCGGCAACACCUGUUAGUGCGCAUGUCUUGAGGAACAACUUUCUUCCCCGCUUGAUAACACACGAUUUUGUCCAUGCACAUUACGCAGAGUAUGGCUUUGGGGUUUUUGGGCAGUGAUGUGUGCUGUGCCGCAGGUGGUGCUGGGGAGAAGCUGUUGAUGCCAGGUACAGGGUUCCUGACUGUUGGCGCCGCCAGCACCCUGGCAUUCUGUCAGGUACUACGAGAGGAGUACCCGGAAGUGCCCUGCAAACUCAACCAGGUGUGGCCAAGAUCUAUAACAUAAAACCCCCAUUGUUUGGUUAGAUAGUUAGCUAGGGUAUAUUAAGGAUCGUGCUAUCAGUUGCAGAAGUUGUCUCAAUCUGCCCAAAUAACAAUUGCCAGUAAAAGUUGUAUGCAACAUUGAUCCUGAAUACACCCUUCCCUUGUCUUGUUUGUUGGUUCAUAUACACAGAGUAUACAAAACUGCUCUUUCCAUGACAGACUGACCAGGUGAAUCCAGGUGAAAGCUAUGAUCCCUUAUUGAUGUCACUUGUUAAAUCCACUUCAAUCAGGAAGAUAAAGGGGAGGAGACAGGUUAAAGAAGGAUUUUUGAGACAAUUGAGACAUGGAUUGUGUAUGUGUGCCAUUCAGAGGGUGAAUGGGCAAAACAAAAUAUUUAAGUGCCUUUGAACAGGGUGUUGUAGUAGGUGCCAGGCUCACUGGUUUGUGUCAAGAACUGCAAAGCUGCUUGGGUUUUCAUGCUCAACAGUUUCCGUGUGUAUCAAGAAUGGUCCACCACCCAAAAGACAUCCAGCCAACUUGACACAACUGUGGGAAGCAUUGGAGUCAACAUGGGCCAGCAUCCCUGUGGAACACUUUCGACACCUUGUAGAGUCCAUGCCCCGAUGAAUUGAUGCUGUUCUGAGGGCAAAAGGUGGUGCAGCUCAAUAUUAGGUGUUCCUAAUGUUUUGUACACUCUGUACAGCAGAUUGGCUAUCAUUAACCAACAGUGGUGGAAAAAGUACCCAAUUGCCAUACUUGAGUAAAAGUCAAGAUACCUUAAUAGAAAAAGGACUUGUGAAAGUCACCCAGUAAAAUCUUACUUGAGUAAAAGUAUUUGGUUUUAAAUAUACUUAUACUUAAGUAUCAAAAGUAAAUGUAAUUGCUAAAAUAUACUUAAGUAUCAAAAUAAAAAAUUCCUUUAUAUUAAGAAAACCAGACAGCGCAAUUCUUUUACUUUUUUUAUUUACGGAUAGCCAGGGGCACACUCCAACUCUCAGACAUAAUUUACAAAUGAAGCAUUUGUGUUUAGUGAGUCCGCCAGAUCAGAGGCGUAGGGAUGACGAGGGAUGUUCUCUUGAGAAGUGCAUAAACUGGACACUUUUCCUGUCCUGCUAAAUGUAACGAAUACUUUUGGGUGUCAGAGAAAAUGUAUGUAGUAAAAAGCACAUUAUUUUCUUUAGGAAUGUUGUGUAGUAAAAGUUGUCAAAAAUAUAAAUAGUAAAGUACAGGUACCAAAAAAACUACUUAAAUAGUACUUUAAAGUAUUUUUACUUAAGUAAUUUACACCACUGUUAUCCAAUGCCAACUGGCUUCCAUUCACUUGCUCUCUCAGGUAAAGAUCAACACCGGUGUGGCCCUUCCAGAGCGCAUGGCUCCUGGUUACCUGAACCACCUGGACCUUGGUGAGGCUGUGGCCACGUUGGUGGAGAGAAAGAACACCACCCACACAGUGUUCCCUGUCAACUCCCCGGCAGACUUAAAAACCGUCAUUCUAGAGGGUAACCUUUAA